GAGACUCCAUUAUCAAGCAGAGAAGCAGUGACAGAAGACACUCGGCUUUCGAUUCCUGUGUGGAACGAAGCAAAGUGUCGACUUAACCCAACUUCGGAUUCACCAGCACGAGAUCCAUCUUCGUCAGUUCCGUUCCGAUUCGUAUGUUUGUGUAGGGGGCGGAGUGUGAGGGUUCUGAAGGGUUGCUCCUGAGAAUGGCUGACAUUGAAGGUCUGGCUGAGGCUGCAGGGGCCAGGUUUAGUUCAUUGGAGCUCAUUGGACAGGGAUCAUUCGGCGACGUGUAUAAAGGGUUCGAUAAAGAGCUCAACAAAGAAGUUGCUAUCAAAGUGAUUGAUUUGGAAGAAUCAGAGGAUGAAAUUGAGGACAUUCAGAAGGAAAUUUCUGUUCUGUCACAAUGUCGAUCUCCAUACAUUACUGAGUAUUAUGGUUCCUUUCUCAAUCAAACUAAACUUUGGAUAAUAAUGGAAUACAUGGCUGGAGGCUCUGUUGCUGAUCUACUCCAAUCAGGUCCCCCACUCGAUGAAAUGUCAAUUGCUUGCAUUUUACGUGAUUUACUUCAUGCGGUUGAUUACCUACAUAAUGAAGGAAAAAUUCAUAGAGACAUUAAAGCUGCAAACAUUUUAUUGACGGAGAAUGGUGAUGUAAAGGUUGCAGAUUUUGGUGUCUCUGCACAGUUAACAAGAACUAUAUCAAGGAGAAAGACAUUUGUAGGAACCCCAUUCUGGAUGGCACCUGAGGUUAUCCAAAAUUCAGAAGGAUAUAAUGAAAAGGCAGAUAUCUGGUCUCUGGGGAUUACUGCAAUAGAGAUGGCAAAAGGGGAGCCUCCACUUGCUGAUCUUCAUCCAAUGAGAGUGCUUUUCAUCAUACCCCGAGAGAAUCCACCACAACUGGAUGAACAUUUUUCUCGUUAUAUGAAAGAAUUUGUUUCGUUGUGUUUGAAGAAGGUUCCUGUCCAGAGACCCAGUGCUAAGGAGCUUCUUAAACAGCGGUUCAUUCGGAACGCUAGGAAGAGUCCAAAGCUUUUGGAGAGAAUAAGGGAGCGUCCAAAAUUCCAAAUAAAAGAUGAUCAAGAGGCACCUAUAAAUGCGCCAAGGGGGAUGGGGGAUGCAUCUGAUACUAUUAAGGCUGCAAGAGAUUUAAGGAGUGAUGAAACUAAUCAGCCUAGUGGUCAAGGUAAAUCCCUAAAAAAUUCUGGCUGGGACUUCAGCAUUGGUGGAUCACAGGGUACUGGAACCUUUCGUAGUGUGUCACGACCACCUCAGUUUAGAGAUAAGAAAUCUGAAGUUUUGAAUCAUCAGCUUAACCAAAGAAAAGGUCCAGAGAGUGGCUAUCAAGGGGGAUCUGCCAAUAAAAGUGCACUUAAUGAGUCACAAGAAACUUCUUUUGGAAAAGAUCUUGGAGUUCCCUACCAUGAUGAACAUCCAGAUAAUCACCUUGAAGAUGAUGAAUUGUCUGGGAAUGGAUCAGGAACUGUUGUUAUUCGGUCUCCAAAAGGACCACAGCAAUCACUGUUUCGUGACCAAAGUUCCCGGUCUAGCAGCAGCUAUGCUUCUUUUGAAGAUGUUUCUACUAGCGGGACUGUUGUUUUGCGUAACCAGUAUGAUGAUAGCGAUUCUCCACAGACACCAAGGUCCAGACUGGGACUUAAUAGCAGAAAUUCAAAUGCUUCACUGGAAGAUAGUGCUACAAAUCUUGCUGAGGCAAAGGCGGCUAUCCAAGGUGGAUUAAGGAAAGUGAGUGCCCGGGAGAGAUUUGCCCUGGGAAAGCUCAACAACGAUGUACAGGAAAACAGGAGAGAUCAAUUGUCAAGCAGUCCUGGUUCUUCCAGACCAUCCCGUGAAUAUAUAGAUGCACAGAAGGGAAUUUCAAGAUCACAUUCUGCUAGUGAUGAUGAAGAAAGUGCCAAAAUAAUCUCAUCCUCUGUGCCAUUGUCUGGUUUGCUUAUUCCUUCAUUAAAAGAGGCGAUUGCUGAUGAUCCAGAAGGGUCAAUUGUGCAAAUUGUUAUAGAUGCUCUUGUGAACAUGGAGGGGACAAAGCCUCGAUCUUGUGAUGCACUUGUCAAAAAGUUGCUUCAGCGGUUGGCAAGUUCAAAAGAAACUUCAUUAAAGGACAUGCAAGAACUGGCUGGCCAAAUAUUCAGAAACUCCAAGUCAGCUGAAGAAACACGAAAUGCCGAAGCUGAUAACAAGAAGAAACAAAACAAGGAACUUCAUUCAAACAGCAAUUUAAGCCCUCUCGCGAGAUUUCUUCUCUCAAGAUGGCAAGGCCAAACAUCGCGGGAUCUAAGUCCUGCUUGAGCGGAGAUAGAAGUUAAUUUUUGUGUGGAGUUUUUGUUUCUACAUUUAUUCUGAUUAAAUGUACAUAUAUGGUUAUUAUUAUAUAUUUUUUUUCCUUUAUAAAUUUUUUCUCAUAGUGAUAGGGACACCAUUGUUGUAUAAUUCGUGGUGUUUGCUGAGUUACAUCAAAAUUGUACCUUAAUACAUUGAUUCCUAUUUACUAAUAGUUGUAUCUUUUGCAUCUUGAGAUGAGCCAACUCA